AAAUGCGUUUCAUCUCAUCGGACAUUGGAUAGAGGGGGAGUAAAUCUCUUCAACAGAUGACAACAAAAGAAAAAUAAGACAGAUUUAUCUGGAAAAAAUAUGAACAUUUCACAAUGUGAUAUAUAAUAAUCGAAGUAUAAAUGGUAUUUAAUUCAUAAUAUAUGUCAUUCCUAAUGUGAUUGAAAAAAUAGAGGUUUCAAAGUCCAUGGACAGCGCCAUGCACGAGUCCAGAACAGAAAUCUGCUGCCAUCUGCUGCAAGGAAGAAGAACUACGCUUGCGCACUUUGGAGCUCAGUGUGGUUUCUAAAGCACUAUUGAGGAAAGAGUGAGCGAGAGAGAGAACUCGCUCACGCGCUUUUCUUAAAAUCCCAUGCUUUCUGUAGCCAAGGUCGUGUAACAAACCAACACCCGCCUAUGAGUUUUCAUGUUUCCAAACAUACUCAAUAGCCUAUUAAACCAAUGAAAGACCUCGAAUCGAUUUUUUUUUCAACAGUUUUAUAUUAGCCUAUUAUAUUACUUAUGAUUUCCAUACCCGUGUUCUGCUUAAACAUAAAUACUGAGGUAAGAUGCAAUUUUCACACCUGAACACGCAAGCUUUUCUUUUUGAAUGUUCUCUAUCCUGUAAUUUCUCUGUUGUGGGAGUCCUCUUCACUGUCUGUUGCCGAUAGGCUAAAUGCCUACAUGCUGCUCAUAGAUGGGAUCGUAUGAGUGUCAAGUGGUAAAUCCCAUAGAAACAAGUAAUAAUAGGCCUACAUGAAUUAUUAUUGUGUAAUUACCAUUUCACCAUGUCGUUAAGUAGGCCUACAUAAUGUCCUACACCGUAAAAUGAAGUCCUGCCCAACACGUGGACUUUGUGUACGCUACACUAUGAACGAUUCUGAUUCUGUUUCCCACCAACGGACUAGUAGUGGCAUGUGAUAGGCCCUCUACGCGGAUAGCCUUUGCAUUUUACAUCGUCGAGGAUUUGCUGCACAGGAACUGGCUGAGCUAUUCUCUCACAGAUUGAAUGGGCCUCUCACUCUUUGCUUUUACAUGUACUACACAAAUAUAACCAUUUCAAAUCGCACCUUCUAAUUUAUGAUUAUAAUAUUGACAAUUUUCAGUUUCCCAAACAAACACCUUGACUGCCCACCACCCACUAACAUCACUCACUAAAUGCUAUUUAAAGAAAUGUUGUCUCUUAAGUCAAUAGAUUAUUCCCCCCUCAAAAGUUAUUCAAUCACCAGUUACUCAUUAAUUAAAAUAUUUAUGGUAAUGCAACAUGAAUCAUUACAACUAAAAUACAUAAGUUAAUGUACUCAUCUAUUUAUUGUUUCUGCCUUGUUGAAAUUCCACUGAAAUGUACUUACGCACGCACGCACGCACGCACGCACGCACGCACGCACACACACACACACACACACACACACACACACACACACACCCUGCUGAUUAACCAGAAAGUGAAAGAGCUGACCAAGUUUGUUGAAAACAAAAACUCUGGUUAUUUUGCCUUCUGUUUUUUGUGUUCAAUGGAUGCAUUGUUGUGCUGUGUGGCUGCAUGUUUUUCUAUAGGCCCCGCAGGACAAUUGGGAGACUGAAUGCACCCAUUUUGUGCUGGGGCUCACCAGGGGGGCUAUAGCUUUGUCAACAGUGCAGUAUGUCCCAGGCGGACACCAGGGUAGGGCAGGUGGCCGCUCUGCUCUGCUCUAAUCUGUGAACAUCUGGGGGUCGACGUUGUGCUCGAACGCUCCCCUGAGCCCUGAGAGAGCUAUAGGCCCGGGCAUCCAGAACCACCAGCAACCAGACCAGGGAGAGGGACAGGGAGUAAUAUCAACUGGAGAGAGGGAGAGAGGGAGAGAGGACCAGAGAGACAGGUGGUCAUCUGGAGUGAUUGGAUUAGAAGAGAGGGUAGGCUGGGUGGGCACAUACCAGGUGUACUGGUGAGGGCUGAGAGAGCUGGGUCAUGUGCUCGCGUGUGGGAGCCACUAGUCUUUAUGGCGCUGCUGCUGGUGAUGACGUGGGUGGUGGUGGUAGUGGAGAAGACAGGGAUUGUGAGCUGGGGUGUGUGGCUGAAGCCCUGUGUCUAGAGGUCAGGCCUCGGUUAAGGUACGUAGAUCCCGGUGGACCAGAGAGCUCAGCUCGCUCAGCUGGGGUGGAGCAGAUAGCAAGGCCGACGCUGCCUGUGAGAAAGGCACAUCGAACGGCUCGUAGUGAGGACUACAGAGAGAUGGACAGAGAGAGAGCAGGAGAGAGGAAUAGAGACUGUGAUAGGGAGAGGGACAGAGAACAAGGGACUGCAGAAGAGAGGAACAGAGAGAGAGAGAGGGACAGAGAUAAAGAGAGUGCAGGUGAGAGAAAUAGAGACCAUGAGAGGGAUAGGGACAGAGAAAGAGACAGCCAGAGAAACAGAGAAAGAGAGACCAGAGACCAAGAGAGAGACAGAGCUAGUGACUGGGAUAGAAACAGGGACAGGGACAGAGAGAGAACAUGGGACAGAGAGGACCGGAGGGGCAGGACACAAAGCUUUCCAAACAGUAACGCUAACCCUCUUCAGACUAACACCAUGGAGGCUCCAGAGGGUCAGGGGAGACUGCAGAGAGGACUACCCUCACCUGGACGACCCCACGCCAGUUACCAAAGAUCUAGCACCACCCUCAGGUCUCCACGCCAAGCCUCCGGCUCCAUCUCUCCCACCCUACUCCGCCCAUCCAUCCGAAUCAGAACCUCCACUUUGUCACCAAGGAGACUGUCGCAAAGGAUGGACAUCCCGGAAACGCGAUGUGGCAUGUACACGGUUAGAGAGCCAGGUACAUUCUGGGUAGAGCCAGGUAUUGGGAUUGGCCGAUUGUCCCCGAGAAGAAGGACUCGGACACGCCUCUUCUCCCACAGCAGCUUAGAGCUGGAAGAGGAGGAGGAGGAAGAGGAAGAGGGAGAAGAAGAGGAAGAGGAAGAGGAGGAGGGAGGAGAAGCAGGGGGUAGUGGUGUGAUAGGAGUGGUGACUCAGACGCUGACUCCGGCUGGGCCCUUGUCCUCUGCUCCAGCAGCGAUGGAUAGGAGGAUGACUAAAAGAGAGAGGAACAGGAUGAAGAGUCUGAGGAAGAGGCAGAGGAGGAGAGAGAGAUGGAGACAGAGCCAGCUGCUGGAGAAUAGACAGAGUUCGACAGGGAACCCAUCGAGCAGCAGUGAGGAGGAGGAUGUGAGUGCCGGGGACAGAGAGGGCUUCAUCUGUGCUGUGUGUCUGGAUGUUUACUUCAGCCCCUACAUGUGCCACCCCUGUAACCACACCUUCUGUGAGCCCUGCCUCCGUACCCUGGCUAAGAACAGUCCAACCAACACCCCUUGCCCACUCUGCAGGACCACCAUCACUCACGUCUUCUUCCAGAAGGAGUUGAACCACACAGCACGGACGUUCUUCCCGAAGGAAUACCUCUCCCGGAAACAGACUUUCCAGAAGGCAAGCUGUGCAAAAUGGCCGCUCCCAAGCUGCAGGAAACUUUUCCGUAUUUUUGGAGGUUUCCAGAGGCAAGCUAGUCCAAUAGCCAGGCGUCAGUUUCCCCACGGGGGGUACCGUCUAGACGCGAUGGACUUUGAGGACAAUUCUCGCGGCUGGCGCUUUGACAUUGACAUGGUCAUUAUCUAUAUCUAUUCUGUCAACUGGGUCAUCGGCUUCAUCAUCUUCUGCUUUCUCUGCUACUUCUUUUUCCCUUCUUUCUAAAGUCGGAUGGAUGGAUGGAUGGUGGGUGGAUGGAUGGAUAGAUGGAUGGAUGGAUGGAUGGGUAGACGGGUGGAUGGAUGGCUGGAUGGAUGGAUGGAUGGAUGGAGGAGAGGAGGCAGAGUAAGCUACAGACAAAUUGGAGAUAUGCUUGGUAGAAUACAACCAACAGUGUUCCAGUUGAACCCUAUUGAAUUGAGGAAACAGGGUACCAUAUGGGAGGCAUUGGAGAAGUACAUGAUCUCUAAACAGUCAACCUAUAAUAUCACUAACGCACUGUUUCAAGUCUAAUGGAAACACAAAACCACAAAAAGGUACCUGGAUUGAUUCUAAGUCUUCAGUAUGUUUGGCAAUUUUGUGACCUUGGGACCUAUCUGACAUUUUGGUCAACAAAAAAAAUGUAUUCACAUAGAGUUGCUCUUUAGGGGGUCCUUUACAUUUGAGGUAUGUCCGAUAAAAACAUUUUAAAGGAAAUGUACGUUGAAGGAAAUAAAAAAUCUGAAAGUUCUGUCUGUGCAAACACCUUUUAACUUGGUACUAUAAGGUUAUAUCUGCAAUCCAGUCACACAAUGCUAAGUUGUCAAUCAAAAAGAAUUAUAUUUAAGACUAUGUAUUUAUCGAGUCAUGAAAGAGGAAGAAAUCACAAAACAGUUCUGAGAUCUGGGACUUGAGAAAUACUAAUGAUCUCAAAAUGAUACAUUUUGUAGAUAGACCCUUCUAGUCCCAAGUCCUUGAUUAUUCAUAUAAUAGGUUCUGGUCCUCUUUUUAAAUUUCUUAGAUUUUGUUUCACCACUUUUUUCAGAAGAAUGGCCAUAACGUAAGCUCUUCAUGGCAAAAAAGACAUACAUACAGGUGCCUUAGAGCAUGUUUAAGGCCCUUAGGAGAGGCAUUGCUGUUUUUGUCUUGUUCUAUAUCAAUACGAAAAUCUCCAUGGAAGGGGUAUUUCACAAAAAUCACAAACUUACCACGUUUUAUUGAUAACUAAAAAGUAUUUGAAUGACUUUGGGUGUCAGAGACCAGAAAACUAUAUCAGUUUACUCAUCCAGAGCUAAACUUAACAAUGUUGCUGGUUAUCCAUAGGAUAUAGUGUAUUUGUCAUUUUAGGGAACAAUCGCUUUAACAAAUGUGUGAUGAACAUGAAUUUAUAUUUUUUAUGAUAUCAUUAGAAAGAAGGAAGGGUAUGUUCUUUACUUGAUCCUUAAAUGUCUGUACUUUUCUAUUGAGACUGAAAUACUUUUAUUAUUCUGUGCCAUAUAGAAUCUUAUGGGUCAACCCAGAUUGACAUUUCAGAACCAUAAGGUUCUAUCUGCAAUUGCAACCUCCUACAUUUUUUUAUUUUUUAUUUUUUACAAAUAUCUUAGGAUUUUGAUAGUCUGCACUUUAGGUACCUUUACAGUGAGGACCUUAAUGGGGUUUGAAAGAAGAAUUCACUACAAAACAUUGCUGAGAUCUUGGAUGUGAUAUCUCAGAACUAUGCUUUGCGCAGAUGCGUAGAACCUUAGUCCAAAGGUCCCAAGCAAGAUCUUAUAGCAAUUUGUAAGCCACCUUCACUCCUGCCAGAAGUAUAACUCUUCUCAAGCAUUUUGAAUGGUUUAUUUGACUGAUAUACACAGAAAACAGUUACAUACAGGUAAUAUUGUUUUAUUUUAAUUUCAUUUUUCGGCUUUGCCUCUACUGCUCAUUUAAAAAUAUGGGUUUCUCAGCAGUGCGUCUUUGAAGUGAAUUGCGGAUCCAAUUAAUUUUCUUCAGCUCUAAGUGCCUCUCAUGGUCAUCGUGUAAUUUCUGUUUCAUUCCGGCACCAGAGCACUCCUUGUGUAUGUCGUCUUCGCAAUUCAACGUAUUCACAGUACCAUUUCUUGAAAUCAGCAGUUGUGCUAUUAGAGUAUUGGGUAACACGAGUAUUGUACAAUUGAUUUGUACAAUUCCUUACAGUAAUAAAGUCAGUAUACUGAGCUACAUGUUUUCUUUUGCUGGGUUUUAUUUGAUUCAAUAGAGUGAAAAGACCCAAGUCACAGAGUCCCUAAAUAUAAAGAGUAUGACCAAAACGUCACCAAACAGAAUAGGCCAUAUAAUAGUCCAAAUUAACAUCCAUUACAGCAGUGUUCUUUCAACAGUAGAAGCAGGGAAUCACUGAUUUUGCACCCAACACUACGUGCGAUGUUGUGAAGAUAAUUUGCUAUAGAGAACAUUGGCCUUGCACAUUGACUGAGACUCUCAUUAGAGGAAAACAUCCGGUCGGGUUGUUUCAACACAAAAACAAAGUGGUGCAUUUCCUCAAGUCAUUUCCUUUAUUACUGUAAUGUUAUCAUGGACACAUGUAGACCCUUCUGCUUAUUACCCCCAUUCAAAUACUGAUACACC